GGUGUUUGUGUUUGCAUCCAUCGGAGAGGGCCACUUCCUGCGUGCAACAUCGAUAGUUGGCUGGUGUCAAUUCUCGCAGACAAAACCCGACAUUGGGAAAUCGUGCCGAGGAGACAACGUCUUCUGCAUCAAGGGACCCACUCCGGAUAAAAGUGGACCGGUGAGCAUGGGCGACAGUGUGGUGUUUGAGUCAGCGAAGUGGCCUGGUUUUUAUGUGGGAACACAGAGCGCGCCACGGGGUAUCUACUGCCGGUUAACAAACUCAGUCGAGAAGGCUAGUACAACCAUAUUCAGAUUAGGCUGGAGCCCCAAUCAGAAUGCAGGGAAUGGUCUGAAUCCGUUUUACUCUACGAAGGUGAGCAAUGAAUUUCCACCGAUUAGAACACUUUACACAUGA